AUGGCAACUUCACUUCUAGGGGAGGAGCCGAGGUUAGGAUCGACUCCUUUAGCCAUGUUAGCUGCGACAUGCAACAAAAUAGGGAGCCCGAGCCCUUCACCGUCCACAAUUUCGGAUAAUCCCUCGUCAUUUGGAAAAGGCUUCCACCCGUGGAAAAGAGCCGCCGCGAGCAGCUGCAGCCUCGGAUCCGGUCUGUCCGGCUUCGGGGUGUCCCGCAAUGGAUCCGGCAUCACGGACUCUUUCGGCACAAACAGCUCCAGCGGAUCCAGUGCCUUUUCCCUCACGUCGGGUACCUCGUCUAGUUCACACUUUGGAAACGAUUAUUCUGUUUUCCAAGCGUCGGUGUCGAGCAGCUCUCAAGAGUCCAGCCACCAGCCGGUUUUCAUCUCCAAGGUGCACACCUCAGUGGACAGUUUGCAGGGCAUCUAUCCGAGGAUGAGCGUUGCGCAUCCCUACGAGUCCUGGUUCAAAUCGUCUCAUCCCGGUAUCCCCGCAGGAGAGGUUGGAACCACCGGAGCCUCUGCAUGGUGGGAUGUGGGAGCGGGAUGGAUUGAUGUUCAAAACCCUAAUGGAGCAGCACUACAAACGUCCUUACAUUCCGGUGGACUCCAGACCUCCUUGCACUCUCCUCUGGGCGGAUAUAAUUCUGAUUACUCGAGUUUAAGUCACUCUGCUUUCAGUACAAGUCCCUCUCCACACCUGUUGACAACCGGCCAGCACCUGAUGGACGGCUUCAAGCCGGUGUUAUCCUCUUAUCCGGACACAAGCCCCUCUCCGUUAGCGGGGGCAGGGGGUUCCAUGCUCUCCGGGGCUCCACCUGCGUCUUUAGCGGGGUCUCCGAGGUCAUCUGCCCGGCGGUACUCGGGCAGAGCCACCUGCGACUGUCCAAACUGCCAGGAGGCGGAGAGACUGGGACCGGCGGGCGCCAGCCUCCGGAGAAAAGGUCUCCACAGCUGUCACAUCCCCGGCUGUGGGAAGGUUUACGGGAAAACGUCGCACCUUAAGGCGCAUUUGAGGUGGCACACCGGCGAGAGGCCGUUUGUGUGCAACUGGCUCUUUUGCGGGAAGAGGUUCACGCGCUCCGACGAGCUCCAGCGACAUUUACGCACACACACCGGCGAGAAACGAUUCGCCUGUCCGGUGUGCAACAAGAGAUUUAUGCGGAGCGACCACCUGAGUAAACAUGUAAAAACUCACAGCGCCGGGGGAUCCGCCGGCUCUGGCUCCGGGGGCAGCGGAGGGAAGAGGGGGAGCGAUACCGACAGCGAGCACAGCGCGCCGGGCAGCCCUCCGUGCCAUUCCCCCGACCUGUUGCACCCACCUGAGUCAACCCAGGGAGUGGGCAUGAACGGCCUCUAA